AUGCUGGAGACGAGUAGCGACUUCCUUAUUAUAGGCGCUGGAACAUGGGGGUGCUCCAUUGCCCUCGAGCUCGCUCGCCGUGGUCAUACCUCCAUCAAAGUCGUUGACGGCAACCCAUUUCCCUCUGCCAUUUCUGCCGGCAAAGAUCUCAACAAGAUCGCGGAAGAGAGCAACGAGCCGUCCGAGUCCGACUCCGAACAAGAUUUCUUCUGGAACCGGCUGACCCAGCUUGCGAUGCAAGCAUGGAAAACGGAUCCCCUGUUCUCGCCUUUCUACCACGACACCGGUUUUAUCAUGGCCGCUGUGGGCGAUGAAGCAUUUGAGCGAUGUAUAGAGUAUGCCAAAGGCGAGAAGACACUUCCUGUGGCCUUGAACACAAAGCAUGAUUUCCAAAGGACAAUGCCCAAAGGAGUGCUUCAAGGUGGUUUCCCAGGCUGGCGGGGCUUUUGGAAGAAGGAAGCUGCAGGGUGGAUGUUCGCUAGUGGGGCUUUAGAGGCUAUGCAUAAAGAGGCUGUUAGAUUGGGCGUGUAUUUUGUGACUGGUAGCAUGGAAGGAAGGGUUGGCGAGCUCCUUUAUAGUCCAGACAAGAACGCAGUGCUGGGGGCGAGGACCACAGACGGUGUAGAGCAUAAGGCUCAGCAAACCAUCUUGUCGGCUGGUGCGAACAGCGACCUACUCCUAGACUUCGAGCGACAGCUUCGACCCACAGCGUGGACACUCGCACACAUCCCACUCUCCGCCGAAGAAGCAGAGCAAUGCCGGAACUUACCUGUCCUCUAUGGUGUGGAUCGAGGUUUUUUUAUUGAACCGGAUGUUGAGGGACAUGAAAUGAAGCUCUGUGAUGAACAUCCAGGAUACAUCAACCCUGUUAUCGAUGAUAAUGGAGAGAUGCAUUCCAUCCCAUUCCCGCGCCAACAAAUUCCUAAAGAAGCAGCAUCACGUAUGCGUCUUCUUCUUUCUGAGACAUUGCCACAGUUUGCAGAAAGGGACUUCAGCUUCGCACGUAUGUGCUGGGACGCAGAUACUGUUGACCGUAUCUUUCUCAUCGACAAGCACCCCGAUCUGCAGCACCUGACUGUAGCAGUUGGAGGCUCCGGAAACGGUUUUAUGGCAUGUCCUGCAAUUGGCUUUCUAGUUGCAGAUUUAUUAGAAGAUAAGAGCGAAGAAAAAAUGAGAAAGGCGAUGAGAUGGCGACCGGAGCUGUGCGUCAAGAGGGAUUGGUGGGACGCGCAAGGGAGAUAUGGUGCUGAUGGGAAGGUUAUGGACAUCCGACAGGUGAAAGAAUGGACAACGGCAGGAAGAUGA